AUGUCUCUCGAAGUCCUUUGUGAAAGGCACAAGAUAACACUUGGGGUGGCUGACUUGUUGAGAGCUUACUACUUGAAGGCACACCUUAAUGACAAAGGUAGGUACCAGUUAACAACUAGGGGGAAGGACCCUCCUUUAAUUAUUAGUUUGAAGAGUGGAGAUAAGAGGUGGAAGGACCGUUACUUCUUCGUCCCUUUCGUCUCGUUGGGGUUACCUGCUGAUAGUAGGAUACCUUGUUCAUGGUCUCCUGCAUGUAGGCUUCGAGUUGAGUACCUUUGGGAUUCGAGGGAGUCUUCUGGUCGACUUAAGAGUAUUCUUGCUAUUCCUGAGGCGGAGCGUGAGUGGAGUGAUUUGCUGUCUGAAUCGAGUCUUCGUCAGAGUUCUUUGUGUCGCUCUGUUGAAAAACUCCCUGAAGGUAUUCCUCUUCUACAGAGUCCUGAUAAUCCUCGUGUUGUGUUUAUCAAGAGAAGUUUAGAAGUCUUGGGAUAUACUCCCAAUUUUUUGACUGAAUUGACGACAAGUGAGCGGUUGUUUGCAGACGUAGCUAUGUCCCGACCCUUUACACUUCCUCUAACCGGUUCCAAUGCCUUGGAACGUUUGCGUCAAGCAAAGAAAUCGUCCGUUGGGAGCUCAGAAGCUGAUAGAGAGGUUGUUGUGCCUCCGGCUGAUCCCCCUGUUUUGACGCGGAGUCAGACGAAAAAAAAGAAGAAGGCUGUGCGGGAUGAUUCUUCCGACCCAUUUAGCGACACCGUUGCCCUUUCGUUCCCUUCCAAUGCUGCGGCCUAUAGUGAGAUUGGGCCUCACUUAGGAGAGAUUGAUAAGUUGUUGUGGCCCGAAGAUGAUCACAGAAUGGAGCAGGUUGGUACGGAUGGGUCAAUUGAUACCACUGUUUCUCAUUUGUUCCAGGGUUUGCAAGGGGUCAUUUGGCUGAAGAAGAAAAUCAAGUCCUUAAUGGCAACUCUAAAGGAAGUAAGGAGUCAGAGAAAUGAUCUUCGGGGUGAAGUUAGUCGGCUGAAAGAUUCCAAGAAGGAGUCUGAUCAACUCAUAGCUGAUUUGAAGGCUCAACUAGAAUCCAAGGAAGCUGAUGUCGAGAAGCUGAGAGUGACUCUUGGUCAAGUUGAUGAUUUGAAAGCCGAGGUUGCUUCGUUGGAGAAUCGGAUGUUGGUCAUUGGGCUGGAGGCUGAGAUCCAAUGCCGUGGCGUAAUGGCUAGUGAGUUUCGGGAUGGUAAGGCUGAUAGCUGGGAUGUUCCCAAAUACAUUGCUGAUCUUGAGGAAUUGGAGAAGAUGAGGGCUGAAGAGAUAACCCGGGCCGAAGAGUUAGCCACUUCUUUUGGCAUCAUGACUACUAAUGAUCUGGUUGUGGAUGACUGAUUCCUCUUCUACUCGUGUUCAUUGUCGUGGGAUAACAGAGUUUGUCGGGCCUUUUCUAGUUGUAGUAUGAACUUUUUCUUAUGUAGUAUUGUAUCCUGAUCUAACUGACCUAGUUUUGUUGUAUUAUGGCUUGUUGUAGCUUUUGUUAGUGUUGUUUAAGUUAUUGUUCUGGUAGCUUUUGUAGUCCUUGUAUCGGAUGCUGAUUGGCUGAAUGACUUAUGGAGUAUUAGUGUCUUAUUCCCCCAAUCUAAGUAUAAAGUGACUUAGUCAAUUUAUAUUUAGAUUUGUUA